CUGUGGCCCCACUCUUUGAGACUGAGCCUCAGCUCUGCUCUCUGUGCUCCUUCCAACAGUUUUACUGAUCUCCGAGUUGGUCCAGGGAUGGUUCUUUUCUUUUCUUGGAGGACAUCAGAUGUAGCUCCUUUGUCCUGUUUCUGCCUAUAGAAUUCCAAGAGGCAGACAGCGUUCUCUCCUUUUGUUCUUUCUCUGCGUUAGUUGGUUCCAUCAGCCACAGGCUUAAUCUCUUUAACAAAAGAUGUGUAGCCACAUUCUUGGUGAACAUUCUAGGACACAUGUCCUUAGUUUCUACAACAGAAUUUUCUAGAUCUUUAAGUUUUGUUUCAUUUUGCACAGCUCAUUUUUAAGUCUGUCUCUUUCCGCUCUCAUUUUACUUUAAGUGGCAAGGGUAAACCAUGUAGCCCCUUUAAGACCUUGCUUAGAAAUCUCCUCAGCAAGAUAAAGUUCAUCACUUACAAGAUCACCUUCCACCAAACAUUUGAACAUAAUUCAGACAAGUUUUUUUUAUGUAAAGUUUUUAUUGAAGUAUAACAUAUAUAAACACCCAAAUCAUAAGUGUACAGAUCAAUAAAUUUUCUCAGUGUGAACAUCCCAGAACCCAAAUCAAGAAACAGGUCAUUACAAUAACCUACAAAUUCCUCUUGUAUCCACUUCUCCCAAUUCCUACACACUCCCCUUCCUCAAAUAACUACUAUGUUGAUUCCUAACAUAUAGAUCAGUUUUCCCUUUUUAAAAAAUUUAUUCUUUUAUUUAUUGUGCAUUAAGUGAAAGUUUACAAAUCAAGUCAGUCUCUUAUACAAAAACUUAAAUACAUUUUGCUGUGUACUCCUAGCUGCUCUCCCCCUAAUGAGAUAGCACAGUCCUUCUCUCCACCCUGUAUUCCCCUGUCCAUUCAACCAGCUCCUGUCCCCUUCUGCCUCCUUAUCUUGCUGCCAGAUAGGAGCUGCCCGCAUAGUCUCAUGUGUCUACUUGAGCCAAGAAGCUCACUCCUCACCAGUAUCAUUUUCUGUCUUAUAGUCCAGUCCAAUCCCUGUCUGAAGAGUUGGCUUUAGGAAUGGUUCCAGUCAGAUGAGUUUCAUUGCCACUGCAUAAAAAGCACUGCUGCCCUUUCUUCAUUGUCCAAUCACAUGUUCACCAUUUUCUUUUAAAGCCUCACCAGAAGCACAUUUAAUGUCUGCAUUUCUAGAAACAUUCUGUUGCUCGUACCAUAUGUAUUCUCUAAGACAAUGGACAUUUUCUGUAUAGCUCCCCUCACUUCCUUUCAAGCCUGCACCAGAAUUGUUUGUGACAUCCGUAAUUCUACCAACAGUCUCUUCAAGGCAACUUGGGCUUUACUGUUAGGCACUUUAAAACCCUUCCAGCGUCUCCCCAUUACUCAAUUCCAAAACUACUUCCACGUUGUAGGCAUUUGUUAGAGCAGCACCCCUGCUUCUCAGUAUCAAAUUCUAUCUUAGUUAUCUUGUGCUGCUAUAACAGAAAUACCAAAAAUGGGUGGCUUUAACAAACAGAAAUUUAUUUUCUCACAGUUUAGGAGGUUAGAAGUCCUAAUUCAGGGUGCCAGCUCUAGGGGAAGGCCUUCUCUGUUGACUCUGGAGGAAGGUCCUUUUCUCUUCUGAGCUUCUGCUCCUGGGCAGUCUUCAUGUGGCUUGGCAUCUCUCUUCCCCCAUUUCUGCUUCCCUGCUUUGCUUUUUAAAUCUCUUUUAUAUCUCAAAAUAGAUUGACUGAAAACACACCCUAAACUAAUCAUGUCUCAUUUACAUAACAAGGACAACCCAUUCCCAAAUGGGAUUAUAACCACAGGCGUAGAAGUUAGGAUUUACAACACAAUUUUUGGGGAACACAGUUCAAUCCAUAACACUGAUUAUCAGAGAAGGAAAAUUUGGGCUGUUAGGUUUUCCAGUAGUAGAAAAACUUUAUUUGUAGAGUUCUUAAUUUUGGUAAAUAGGAUUUAUGGUUUCAUGAGCAUUUGAUUUUAUUUUUAAUGUUAAUGCUAAAACAUUCAUUACGGCAGACCCAUUUUUUUCCCUCACUGCACUCAUAAGGAACUUUCUACAUAUGUAUAAGCUGUAAUAUUAAAAUAAAAAUACCUUAAUCACAAAAUGCCAGAUUUAUUAAUCAAUAAAAGGAAGUAGCAAAAUAUUAGGCUGUUAUCACCUACCUUAUUCAUUGUCCAGCUUUUGCAUGCAUAUGAGACAAUUGAAAAUACUAUGGCUUGGGUCAAGUGCACCUUAGUAUGUGCACUGGACAAUGAAUAAGGAAGACCAAAGAAGAAUUGAUGCCUUUGAAUUAUGGCUUUGGCAAAGAAGAACAUACCGGGGACUGCCAGAAGAAUGAAAGAAUCUGUCUUGGAAGAAGUAAUAUACAGAAUGUUCCUUAGAAGCAAGGAUGACAAGACUUUGUCUCAUGUGCUUUGGACAUGUUUUCAGGAGGGACCAGUCCCUGGAGAAGGACAUCAUGGUGGGUAGAGCAGAGGGUCAUCUAAAAAGAGGAAGACCCUCGAUGAGAUGGAAUGGCACAGUGGCUGCAACAAUGAGCUCAAACAUAGCAAUGAUUGUGAGGAUGGCACAGGAGAGGACCAGGCAAUGUUUCGUUCUGUUGUACGUGGGAUCCCUAUGAGUCAGAAGCCAACUUGAUGGCACCUAACAACAACAUCACCUGCAUAUGUGACAUUAUUUUCUCUAACAGAAAGAGUUACAAGCAGAUGACCAUGAUAUAUGAGCAAGAAACUAUGAAGAAUGAGCAUUUAUGAACACUUUACUUUUGUUAUCAAAUAGCACUUACAACCAGGUUAAUCUGACACAUUUAAUAUAUGCAUAAUUGUUAUUGUGCCAUGAGGUAAUUAGGCAUAAAUGGUAAGUAGUUCAUGUAAAUCACUAUAAUUAGAAUUACUUUUACACAGCCAAAUCAAGCAUUUCUAGAGUCAGGGAGAGGGGAAAUUAAAUAGAGUAUGGAGCGCUUCUGAAAACCUCCAUUUCCGUUAAUCAGGAGUAUUCGGGCAGCCAGGUUUUUUCAUCUCUCGGGAGGAGACAUUAUAGCCCAAGAGACCUGGGAAUUGGGAGGUCACAAAACUCCUUUCCUAUUUCUCCUGCUCCUCACCAAAUACUUUGUCUUUCCCUAAUAAGAAAUUAUUAUUUCCAACUUCCUCCUACUUCCUACUAUCUUUUAUUUGGACUUCCUCUCCCCACACUCCCAAGAAUAGUGCAUUUUAUAGAUAGAAAAGAAUGGCUCUGCCUUGAAUCAGGCCAAUUCUAAGAUCUUGGUGUUUUCCUCAUCCUGGCUUCUAGCACCUGGAGGCUGUGAGCAAGGAUACCUGGAGUGCCUGGGGUCUGGACUUGUCUCUCAGGAGGUGCUAGGAGCCUAGUUGUCUGGAUCCCUUUAGUUAUUUAUCCAGGAUUCUUCAGAGGCCCCUAGGCAGUUUGCUGUUUUGCUCUCAGUUCUUCCCUUUCCUCCAGCUGCACGAGUGACCACUUAUUCUGACCAUUCUUCUUCUUGGAACUGGUAAGUUCACUAUGAGUCUGAGUCAACUUAAAGGCACCCAGCAACAAUAGCAAAGUAGCUUGAGUGGUGUGACGUGGGCAGAGCUUCCUGGAUCACUGGAACUUUAUCCACUAGAAAAUCAUAAGUAACAUUGAGCACAAAAUGGACAGUGUCUAUAAUUAUAGUUUAAGACCAGAAAUAUUUUAAAAUAAAUGUCUUGUAUCAAACGUCUAUGAAAGCUGAAGCAAAAGGGUAGUACCCUAACCCAAUAAGGGCAUUAUCUAUAGGGAAGUGAGAUUGGAGUCUAACUACAUUGUUUUCCGUGAACUAACAAAUGCCAAAGACUCAUUUAAUAUCUGAGGUUUGAGAAGGAGAGUGUAGCGGGCCUGAUUCAGACUCCAGAAUAACUCAUCAGUGUAUUCAGUUCCAUCUUAAAUUUUGUCGUGAUUCUAAAAGGUGAAAUUAAAUGCCAUCAAUAUAGCUGAGAUUUUUUUUUUUUUUUAAAUUAAAUCAAAUCCCUUAAAUAAACUUAAAGAAGAGAGGUAUAGGCAUAUUUUGUAAUGUUUAGGGUUGAAGUGUUACCCAUCAUUAUAAACCAAAGGUGAUGAAUUUGGUUAUGACAGCAGAAUUACGCAGGCCAUAAAGAGGCAUUAGUACUGUGAGAGCAGUCUUUGAAAACCCACUCUCAGUAUAAGACUUUAUUUUAUUUUUCCUAAUUUCGUUCCAAUCUAUAUUACUGCUUCACUUGGUAAAUUCUGACCCUUGUAAAGACAUUUUAUGAAUCAAGUUACUGUUGUUUACUCUUGAUGGACCAGAUUCCAAAACAAUAGCGUAAAACUCACAAAAAUUACAUGGUGCAGAAUUAUAUAUUUACUUAAGUUUGUAUGCAUUAACUAUUAGCUCCUGAGAAGGACCAAUAAUAUCACAUUGUUUAAAAUAUUUUUUUAAACAUGUUUUUUUAAAAAAAUGCCAAUUAAAAAUGUAUUCAAAUUACUUUCAUAUUUGUCUUAGAAUUAAAAUAAAUUAAAAUGAAAUACUGCCUUUGGCAUAUAGAAAUGGUUUUGUCAUUUCAAAGGUGUCCAGUUUCUGAAUGUAAUAAACUGCAGUAUUGUACAAACAAUUUCAGCAUUGUUCCUAUCGUAAUGGACUGUUAAUCAAAUGAAAUGCAGUACUUACAGAAAGUAAUAAUAAAAUGUAAAUAAUGUACUCAAUAAAAUUAAUACUUAAAUCAACCUUAUUUAUAAAACACUUCUGAGGAUUAUUAUUCUAUAAAGCUUCCAUUUGGACAAAAGCAUAUUAGUUAAAUAAUUGUAGUUUUCUAAACAAAAAUUGAGAAUUCAGAAUGAUUUUUAAAGAGGGACAAAAAAAAAUCUCCAGUUUCUCACUCAGGUUUAAGAUGUUUAGUUGUAAGUUUGUGUGAAGAUGUAAUCAACCCUAAACGUAAUUCUCUACUAUUUUUAGGAAAUGGGGCUGGUGGCAGAAAAUCUAGAACAUAAAAAAAAAAAAAAAAGAGGAAAAUCAGGAAGACUUCUUGGUGGAUAGACAGUACUCAUUGCUGGUGAAGGAUGUGGUGGGCCAGAAAAACCCCUUGGCAGAAAGUAUUCAUGGGGCAGGAGAAUGGAUGUCUCUGUCUCAAGAAUUGUCCCCUUGGAUCCACUGGCAACCAGGACUUUGAAUUGGAGGAAAAGCUUUUUUCAAGGAGGAAACCUCCGAGGGGCCUGUAUGUUUAUGGAGAUGUUGGUACAGGAAAAACAAUGGUGAUGGACAUGUUUUAUGCUUAUGCGGAAGUGAAGAGGAAAAAACGGGUUCAUUUUCAUGGCUUCAUGCUAGAUGUACACAAAAGAAUACAUCGCCUUAAACAGAGCUUGCCAAAAAGGAAACCGGGAUUCAUGGCUAAAUCAUAUGACCCAAUAGCUCCUAUAGCUGAAGAAAUCAGUGAAGAAGCUUGUCUCUUAUGUUUUGAUGAAUUUCAGGUCACUGACAUUGCUGAUGCCAUGAUUCUGAAACAGCUUUUUGAAAAUCUGUUCAAAAAUGGGGUCGUCGUUGUGGCAACAUCCAACAGGCCACCGGAAGAUCUCUAUAAAAAUGGACUCCAAAGAUCUAACUUUGUACCAUUCAUAGCUGUUUUGAAGGAGCACUGUAAUACAGUCCAACUAGAUUCUGGGAUAGAUUACCGGAAAAGGAUACUUCCUGCUGCAGGGAAACUCUAUUACCUCACAAGUGAAGCUGAUGUGGAGGCUGUCAUGGAUAAGUUGUUUGAUGAGCUGGCUCAGAAACAAAAUGAUUUAACUAGACCAAGGAUUCUAAAAGUGCAAGGCAGAGAGCUGCGGCUGAAUAAAGCUUGUGGAACCGUUGCCGACUGCACAUUUGAAGAGCUGUGUGAGAGACCACUUGGAGCCAGUGACUAUUUGGAACUAUCAAGGAAUUUUGAUACAGUACUUUUACGAAACAUUCCACAGUUUACCUUGGCAAAGAGGACUCAAGCUCGAAGAUUCAUAACUCUCAUCGAUACCUUUUAUGAUUUCAAGGUGCGUAUAAUUUGCUCUGCAUUGACUCCUCUAUCAAGCCUAUUUUUGCAUCAACAUCAUGACAGUGAGUUGGAGCAAAGCAGAAUACUGAUGGAUGAUUUGGGGCUGAGCCAGGACUCAGCAGAAGGACUUUCCAUGUUCACUGGAGAAGAGGAAAUCUUUGCAUUUCAGCGCACGAUUUCCCGACUCACAGAAAUGCAGACUGAGCAGUACUGGAAUGAAGGGGACAGAAGCAAAAAGUAACUGUCACUUUCGCAUGAAUAAAACUCUGGACAAAGGAUUAAUGCAGGGAGAACUGUUGCAGGAUUUGAAGGCAUCAUUUUCUCAUCAUUAAUUAGGCACUUUGUCCUCUGGACCAUUUUUCUCUAAAAUUGCUGUCAAAGAUGUAGUGGAUUAGUAAGUUAAAGCUGUUUUCAUAGGUUACUUUUUUGCCAAUUUAUUUGGAGUUAGUUCUGCACCACAAAAUUAAAAGCAGCACCCCAGACUAAUGCAGGACCAGACUUUUUAGCUUUGUGUUAAGCCCCUGAAUGAACCCUGAGUGUACAAACACAGGGGAGCACAGUGUGUCUGGAUGUCUCCAAGGUUUGGCCACACAGUGGUCACAUGAUAGAAACACAUCUUUUGUGAAAGGAAGAAAGAACUCUACAUUUCUAUUCAAAACAAAGAAAGUUCUGAUUUAUUACAAACUAGAGUAAAUAAUGUUUUAGAAUAUGGGUUUAUACAUGUGAUCUUUUUGGUAUUAACUAUAAUAAACCUCCCAGGCCUUCAGAUUCCCUUGCAGCAGAGAGUAUGUCUUUUACUCUGAGAGCAAGCCUGGCAGGCAAGACCUGAUCUCAAGCCCACCCAGAGUUGCCUCAAAAAAUUGAAGAUAUGACACCAUCAGAUAUAGAGCAAGAGUAACAAAUUCCAGCUAACAGGCAGAUCUUCAGGUGGGCCCCCCAACUCUGACAGCAGGAAUGGGGACCCGUGAGAGAGCAUCAGGAGGGGGCUGUGUCAAAGACAUGCCAAUCAGCACAGUGGCAAUGGCUCGUCUGAGGCCGCCGGGGCCCCAGUGGCAAGUGGGUUGCUCUGCACUGUGUCUGUGUGUUUGUUCUUGCUGCAGCCCUGGUGGCACAGGGGUUAAAGAGCUCAGCUGCUAACCAAAAGGUCAGCGGUUCGAAUCCACCAGCCACUCCCUGGAGACCCUAUGAAGCAGUUCUGUUCUGACCUAUAGGAUCGCUAUGAGUUGGAAUCUGCUCAAUGGCAGUGGGUUUGGUUAUUUUUGGUGCAGCAUGCCAUGACUCACCUCCAUUGCCCUUGCUGCUGCCACCGCCGCUCUGUGAAAAUGAGCCUAGUGGUAAACAGGAAAGAACACUCAAUAAACCUAUUUUAAAUAAAGUUGAUUUGUCCUUCCUUGGGGUCAUUUAUUGAUUCAUUUGAAUAAAACCUGACUGUUAACUAUUGCCACAAAGGGAAACUUGGGUAGGGCUCUUAGGAGAGCCUAGAUGCCUCUUUUAAAAGGAAAAAAGAAAAAAUGUGAAAUUUACAAAUUCCUGAGAAAACCAGUCAUUUUGUUUUGGUUGGCACAAGUGAAUCAAUUCAAAUAAAUGAUUACAAUUGUCAAUAUAAGUAAGCUCCUUAAACCAAUUUAAUUUAUUAAUAAUCUAUCUCUAUCAGCCUAUUUUAGACAUUAGCCUAUUUAAGGCAAACAUAUAUACGGAUUAGGUACCCAAGUAUAGAGAAAGGGUGGGAAAUAACCACUAUGUGCCAGACAUAAUGUAGGUAUCUACAAUAUCUGGAAAACCUGGUGGCAUAGUGGUUAAGAGCUACAGCUCCUAACCAAAAGGUCUGCAGUUUGAAUCUACCAGGUACUCCUUGGAAACUGUAUGGGGCAGUUCUACUCUGUCCUAUAUAGGGUUGCUAUGAGUUGGAAUAACUUGGCAACAGGUUUGGUUUUGGUUUUGUAUCUACAAUAUCUUGUUUUUAAAAAGUCUUUUAAAGCUAAUCAUCCCUGUUUACAGACAAGGAAACAAGCUUGGAAAAAGUUAAAUAGCUUGACCCCGAGAUUCAGGGCUUUUAACUACAAAACUCAUGUACUGUGUUUUAUACCACACUGCCUCCUAUCUCACUAUAAAAAAAAGAAAGUUUUGAUAUUGAUUUAAUUAUUUUUUAACUCAGUGAAGAUGAAUUUAUAACAGAACGAUUGCUUUUGAACUCAAUAAAUAUAAAAUGUUUAUCUUAAUUCUUUAAACCUUAGCUUUUUGCUUUUCACAUUUCUUUGGCAAUUAUUGUAUAUCUUAAUAAAAAGAUGGUGUGGAUGGAUGGACAGACAGAUUGAUAUAAAGAGGAACUAUCGCUGAGUGUGUGAAUGUAUAUAAAACAGCCCCCACUUAGUCUCAAGUUAUGUUGUAAAAGUUCAUUUGAGGUCAGGUAUUUGGAAACAAUAAUAUAAAGUUAGGUAGAGCCCUGUUUCGAUGCACAGAGGUCUAUGCAGUUGCCAGUGUUGUUGUUUUUACUUGUCAUCUAGUCAGCUUUGACUCAAAGUGACCUUAUAUAUAACAGGUGAAACAUUGCCUGGUCCUGUGCCAUCUUCAUGAUCGUUGCUAUGUCAGCAUAGCUGCCCUAUAAUAUUAAAACCAAAGAACUUUUAAACACUGUCUCUGUAGGGUAGAACUGUAGUUCAGGCUCCACCCAAAUAACUGGAGCCUGUCCCCACUUCUGUCCCCUGUCUCACACCCCAGCUCCCUGGGCCUGGUGGGAGAGUCCACAGUGGCAGAGGCUUUCUGAGCUGGGGGUGGGGCUUAUGCAGGAGCAGGGCUGCUCCUGGAGCAGGGCUGCAGGGGUUUGGUUGGGAUUGGUUUAAAGAGGGGAGGGAAGAGGAGGGAGUGCACAGCACUGGAAAGGGUACUUCUUUAUGCUCCUAUCUCCUCUCCACAAAGUCUGUUUCAUAAAACAGCACAUGAGAAAAAGAAACAAAAGUCUUACAGAAUAGCUGUGGUUACAAGAAAACAAUACGGUAGUGCUACUAAAAGAAAAUUAGUGCUCAAACGAGAUAUGAACAACAACUUCUAGACUGGAAAGCAUCCUUUCAAUUCCUGUCUUUUUCUUCUGAGUCCUGCCUUUAUGACAUGCUCAGCAUUCCUGUCUUUCUCCCAUAGGUUGCAUAAAAUCUCUCUGAGCAAAUGCUCCUUCUUGGAAUGCUUUAAAUAUAUACUUGAAGAUGGUGGUUUGGGUGGAAUACUGCCAGGGAGUACUCCCAGUCACACAGAACUCCAGACCAAUGAAGUCCUUAUGGUAGGGGAAAAUGCUGUGUGCUAAGGGCAGCCCUCCAAAAUGAUCACUAGUGCCCAGACUUAAAAGAAGUCAAGCAGCGAAAAAGGAAGAUGUUUCACAACAAAAGAAAAAGGCAGAUCACUGUAUUAUUAUGUUUCUUUAAGCAGUGGAUGAGCUUACUUGUUGACAUUGGGAAUAAUGAGAAGAAAAAUGUAAUGAACUUUUAAACCUAUUUUUAGUGUUUUUUAGUCCAAAAAGAGAACAGUGCCAUUCUAAUCAAAUUUAUGCAUUUUCAGUGGGAUUUCAAAUUUUAAUCAUAGGACAAUACCUUCAUCUUCCUGAAGUAUAUUUCCUGGACCAGCAAGUGUACACAUAACAUAAUUUUAAAAUUAUUUUGGGAUUUUGAAAAAAUAAAAUUUCACUUGUAAAAUAUAUAAAUGGCUGUGCACAAUCCAUUUAUUUGUUUAAUAUUAGUUAUUUAAGAAACACAUAGUGCUACGUGUCCUGCAUGGUUCAAGGUGCUUUAUAAAUAAACUGUUCUGAUCCUCACAGUAGUCUAAUGGGAUAGGUUACCACUAUUUUACAGACAGAAGAGCUGAGGCAUGAAAAAUGGGUAUAACAGAAUACUGAAUUGCUAAAAUGUCUGUUGGAAAUCAGUAAAACACUAAUUUAUUAAACUUUCAAUCCAACUGCCUCGGCCCUGAAAACAGCAUUUCUAACUCAAAUAACUUGAACCUAAACUUGCAGCCCCUUCAUCUGAGAUAAAAAACACCAGAGUGAUUAGGGUCCCCAGUUUCUGACUUUUAGGUUCCUGUUUGAUUAUGGGAACCCAUCCGGCAGCAAGCAAGUCUAUAAGUGCUCUUUUAAGUGAUAAGUGACUUUUCAUCAGAUCCACUAAUCUCACAAGACAUCACUUGUUGGUAGAAAAGGACUUUUUUUGGAGAUAAUUUUAAAACUUUUUCUUAAGGCAGAAUUAAGAUUAGUUUUUUCCAUUUGCACGGAGCCUCUUGGAGGUACAAUGACUAUUGCACUUGGCUGCUAAUCGAGGGUGGAGGUUGGAGGCCACCACAGCGGUGCCUGGGAAGAAAGAUUUGGUGAUCUACUUCUGAAAAAUCAGCCACUGAAAACCCUGUGCAACACAGUCCUAUUCAGACACACGUGGUCAGAAUCGACUUGAUGGCAACAGUUUAUUAUUAUUAGCAUAAAAACAAACAAACCGACCUGUCAAGUCAAUUCCAACUCAUAGUGACCCUCUAGGACAGGGUAGAACUGCCCCAUAGGGUUUCCAAGGAGCGGCUGGUGGAUUCGAGCCACCAACCUUUUGGUUAGCAGUCGAGCUCUUAACCACUGCACCACCAGUGCUCCUGUAUUAGCACAGCAGUUCAUUUUACUGGAAAUAAGCAUUAUAAAUAACAAAAUCUGUCCUCCCAUUGCGUGUGUGCCGACUCUGUGCAGCCCCUCACUAGAAACCUCUCACAUCUGUUACCUUCUGUCUGUGAUGGCAUCGUACUCCAGGAGGACAUCAUCUGUCUGUCUGUGAAAUUUCCUCUCUCAGGACUGUGCUCUGCAGCUCAGACAGUGGCUGACUACUGUCCCCUGUGAUGUGGCUGCCCUUCUCAGAGCACAGUGAGAAGCAUGCAGGAUCCGGAACCGGAAAGCCUGGUUCUGCCACCUAUUGCUUUGUGACCUUGAACAAGGCUGCUCUGAGCCUCCGUUUUUCAUCUAUAAGAAGAAAUAAUAAAGCCCAUUUCGUAGAGUUGUUCUGAGGACAGCUGGUGAAAAGCACUUUGCACAUGGUAAGGCAUUAAAUAGAUACUGUUAUUGAUACUAACGACUCUGAUCAUAAAAAAAAACAACAAUAAAUACUUGCUGUCUGCUUUGCAUUAUAGCCCUUUAAGGAACACAAAACAGUAGGAGACACAUCCCAAUCCAAUACGGUUUCUAAUAGAAGAGAAAAGGUACAAGGGCACAGAAUUCUGGCUUCAUAAGAUGUUGUGAGGGUUGUUAAAUUCAAAUCCGUUCUUUCAGGAUUGUUUAAUACAGAAAGUGGAUUGUUGUGGCGGUUUGGUGAGCUCCCAGAUUUCUCAGAAAGAGGGCACCAUCUUGUGGUCAUUGGGAUGAACUGACAGAGAAACUAAACCAAGGAUGGUGCAAGGUUGGACAACGGUUGUUCUCAACCCUACACAUUCCCAGGCCUAGGUCCCACUCGCAGAGAUUCAGAUAUAACUGGCCAGAAGUGGGACCUUGGCGUUUGCACUUUUAAAUGCCCCCCUGUGGAAUUCCAAUGGCAGCCAGCAUUGAGAACCACUGAUCAAGAUGUCUGUGGAGCUCUUGCCCAUGACCACACGCCAGUUAGCACAUAGAUUUGGGCCUAGAGUGUCAGGCCUGUGGGUCCUGGAGCCACCAGGACAUCUCAAGGCCCUCCCUGGUGCCUUCCAGUGUCUGUUCUUGUCCUUCUUGGUGCCAUAGACCCUUCUGCCUUUCUUUUCCACCCUCACUAACAACAACAUACCUAACUGGGUAGGGCUUCCUAGUUUAUAAAGCAUUCGCUCCUACCCUAUCAUUUUAUCCACAGCAAUUAUCUAGGAAGGUGUGAUUAUCCCCACUUGCCAUGAGGAAACAGAGGCACCAGGAGAUUAAGUGGUUUGACCAAAGUAAUAUAGCUGGUAAGUGACAGAUUAUAACCCAAAUGCGUAUCUUCUAGAUCCAGAUCCUGGCUCUGUGGCCUUCCUUGCAGUUGUUGGAUGCUGUUGAGUUGAUUACAACUCAUAGUGACCCACGUGACAGAGCAGAAUGGCCCCGUAGGGAUUUCUUGGCUGUAAUCUUUUUGGAAGCAGAUCUCCAGGUCUUUCUUCAGUGGAGCCACUGGCGGGGUUCUUACAGUAGUAAUGAGAAUAAUUUUGUUCACACUUGUUGAGUCAUUGUGGGCCUUGAAGGCUGGAUAGAAUAUACAAGCAUGUUGUUCUUCCACCAUAUGUGAUAGCAGAGAACUAGAAUCACUGUAGUUGACAAAACCUUGAAAUACAAAUCUGCACAAUAAUUCCAUAAAACUAGGCAUUAUUACCACCAGUUUUUUUUUGGUUUAAUGAAAAAUCUGAAUGUCAAAGAGACGAACCUUUGGAAGCCACCUGGGAGUUUAGCACUAGGGGAAUGGCUAAGUCAGGUAGACUCUUCCUGCAAUGGAAUCCUCUAGAUGAACUAGAAUGAACUAGACUUACAUAUGGCACCAUGGACAGAUCUCAAAAACCAUGUUGAGAGAACAUUAGAUUCAAUAUUAUUAAUAUAAACUUAGAAAUCCACACAUAAAACAACACAAAAUAAUUUUUUUUAGGACACACAAAAUCUAAAUACAUGGGAGAUAGAUUGGAGGAAAACAAGAGAAAUAUACUAGAGUCAAUGCUUAUGGAAGGAGGGGAGAUUGGGUAUGGUAGAUGAAAGAAGAAAAAUAAAUAAAGGGGGGGUCAAGGUAAGAAUCAGUGGAGGACAGGAGUUGGUGUACAGUUAUUUAUCGGAACGAAUGGCAGAUCUGACAUUCUGAAGACAGUGGCAGCUUGAGCAGACAUGAUCCCCGGGCGCCGCGCCUGUCCGGAGUGUUGCUAUAGUACCUGCAGUGGUUCUGGCUUCUUCCCAGUUCUCCAUACCCACCCUGGGGCUGGGGAUGGACUUCAGAGUAGUAGAGGACCAGGCUAGUCCUAUGAGGGCGCAGUAGAUGGUUGAUAGUUCCCAUUCCUCUUACUCAUUCUUUCAUUUAUUGAACAAGCAUUUUUUGAGAUGCUAUAUGGGAUAUAAUGAUGUAAAAGCUUUAACAAAAGUGGUAAUUUUGAUAGAGAUCCUAUAUGUUAACCAUAUUGUUCCUUAAGGAAAGGUCACCAAUCUAAAUAAAAAUAAAUGCUAGAAUCUCCAAGAUUGGCAUAGAAUGAGACUCUUCUGACAGUAGCUGCCAAACUUGUCUGAAUGUGUGGUCUUUCCUUUUCCCUAAGGUCACUUUCUCCAGAGUCUCGCCCAGGCAAGGACAGCCAUACUUCUGAGUUUCCUCCAAUCUCAGCUAAGACAAAACUUUAUUGUUUGGAGAAUAUAGAUAAUAAAGUAAAAAAAUAUAUUGGAUUCUAGAUGAUCUAAUAAAAUUUAAUUUGAUCAUCUUUAGCUAGAACCUUCUCUUUAUUCCAGCUGCACCUCCACAUUCCAGACACUUUCUAUAUCCCCUACCACCAGGGGAUACUCCCAAAGGCACAAAGAUGUAUCUGAGUUCUUCCCUGGGAAGAGCAAAGUCCAGAAAGACAUGACCAGGGCUUGCUUAUAUCUAGUUCUCACCAGAGGAUCAUGCUUCCCAGCCCCUUGGCAGUUGGGCAGGACCAUGAGACUAGUUCUGGGCAAUUGGUUGUGAGCAAUAGUGAUGUCUCACUUAAGAUGCACACUUAUUAGUUGUUUUGAGAUCUUCUAGUUCUCUUUUGUCUUGCUAUGGCAAACCUGGAAAUAUGUGGAGACGGAUGCACCCAAGAUGAAAGUAGCCUGGAAUUUGAGCCACUAUGUGGGGAGCAACUGCCUGGAAACCUGUGGUGGACUUUAGGUAAACAAGAAAUAAAAUUACAUUAUGAUAAGCCAUGGAGAUUUCUGGUAUUAUUUGUUAUCACAGCAUAAUCUAGCUUUUCUUGACUAUACCAGUCAACCCUCAGGCCAAACCAUAAAACCAAACCUGUUGCCAUUGAGUCAAUGCCUACUCACAGUGACACUAUGAACAGUGCAGAGCUGCCCCAUAGGAUUUCCAAGGAGCAGCUGGUAGAUUUGAACUGCCAACUGCCAGCCUUUUGGUUAGCAGCUGUACCUUUUAACUACUUCAGCACCAGGGCUCUACCUCCAGGCUAGCCCUUCCUAUUUCAGUUUCUUGUUGAAGGACCUGACUAUUCCCUGAGAAUUGACACUAAACAUAGCUUUUCUCUUCAGCAUUAUCUCCAGACCCACGCAGUGUGUUCCUCGGAGGACUUAGCAAUACCAGGACAUAUCUUUAUCACCCCAAACACCAUACAUAUAACAGUCUCCACUAACCCCACUGCACUCCUUAACCUUUAAAUAUUUUCUUACUUUGUUUUUGUGCUCUUGGUAACAGUGAAAAUAUUAGGUGAACAGGUUUAUACUUAUCAUAUGACUUGCUAGCCCUCAGAUGGCCAAGACAGCUGCUUCAAAUUAUCUAAUGCUUGGAAUUUAGCCAUCAGUAGUUUCACAUUUUGAGUAGCUACAAGUUAUAAAAACCAUCUGCCCAAGUAUGAAGUGUGCGUUCAGACAGAAUCAUUCUCAGAGUUGAAAUCAACUCAACCAAAGGAGAAAACGCAGGGAAUGGAAUCAAGCAAUACUAGAACACCCGUUUCUCCUAACCCUCAAAGAAAUCCAGUCAUUUCACUCUUUCAAUGAGGUUUGGACCCAGAGGCAGCCAAUAGAAGGGGCAGGGUGAGCAAGAAGAGAGCAUGGUUUGCACCCUUCAGCCAAAGAUUGAACAGGCCCAUGGAACAAAACAAGACUAAAGGGGCGCAUCAGCCCUGGAGCAGGGACUGGAAGGCAGGAGGGAACAGAAAAGCUGGUAAUAGGGACCCCAUGGUUGAGAAGGGGGAGUAUUGACAUGUUGUGGGGUUGUUAACCAAUGUCAUAGAACAAUGUGUAUACUAAUUGUUUGAUGAGAAACUAGUUUGUUCUGUAAAUCUUCAUCUAAAGUACAAUAAAAAAAAUAAUAAAGAUCACAGCCAAAGAGGGGGAAACAAACAAAAAAAAAAAGCAUGGUUUGGAGUCAGGAGUGUGUUUGGGACCCUUUGUGCUAACUAACCUGGCACAUAACCUUGGAUAAUUCAUUCUCUGGGCCUUAUCUGUGAAGUUUUUUUUUUUUCCUGUGAAGCUCUGACAUUUUAUAAUUUGAUUAAAUAGUGUAUAGAUAUGAAUGGCCAAUAAGCACCUGAAAAGAUGCUCAACAUUGUGUCAUUAGGGAAAUGCAAAUCAAAACUAUCACGAAUCAGUACUAAACACCCACUAGGAUGGUGUGAUAGUCAAGGCUGUGUCACCUUGCCUGGGCCAGGAUUCUCAGUGGUUUGGCAGUUACGACGUAGUUUCACCUUUUUCACCUCCAUGAUGAGAUCUGAUAUAAUGUUAUCACCUCUGUGAUGGGACCUGCUGUGAGUGGCCAAUCAGUUGAAAGUUUCCUUGGAGGAGUGGCCUGUAUCCAAUAUAAGUGGACUUUCUGGUGAGGCUCAUGGGCUUUUGUUCACUCUGGAUCCUGCAGCUGGCUCCUCUUCAUCUGACCUCUGGUUCUUGGGACUUGAGCAGCGGAUUACCUGCUGAUCUUGGGAUUAGUCAGCCUCUACAGCCGGUGAGCCACAGGCAUGUUGUCUGACUUCCAGAUCCUGGGCUCGCCAGCUACUGCAGGUACAUGAGUCAGAAGAAGCCUUCAGCCUGACUCAUGGACUUGUGACUUUCCAGCCUCUGCAACCAUGUGAGCCAUUUCCUUGAUAUAAAUCUCUCUAUAUACAUCUAUGGAAACCCUGGUGAUGUAGUGGUUAAGUGCUACAGCUGCUAACCAAAAAGCCGGCAGUUUGAAUCUGCCAGGUGCUCCCUGGAAACUCUAUGGGGCAGUUCUACUCUGUCCUAUAGGGUCACUAUGAGUCGGAAUCGACUCGACGGCAGUGGAUUUGGGUGUAUAAAUAUAGACGCUUCACUAAUUUUGCUACUGUAGAGAAUCCAGCCUAAGAAGAUGGCUAUAAUCAAAAAGACAGAUAAUAACAAGUAUUUGUGAAAAUGUGGAGAACCCUCAUACUUUGCUGGUGGGAAUGUAAAAUGGUGCAGUUUUGGAAAAAAGUUUGGCAGUUCUUCAAAAUGUUAAACAUACAGUUACCAUAUAACACAAUAAUUCCACUCCUAGGUAUAUACCCAAGAAAUACGAAGUUAUAUGCCCACCAAAAUACAUGUACACAAAUCUCUGUAGCAGCCUUAUUCAUAUUAAGCAGAAAUGGACGACUGAAAUGUCUAUUUACUAUAGAAUGGAUAAACAUGUAGUACAUCCGUACAACAGAAUAUUAUUCAGCAACUAAAAAGUACUGAUACAUGUUACAACAUGAAUGAACCUUGAAAACAUUAUGCAAAGUAGAAGAACCCAGACACAAAAAGCCACAUGUAUGAUUCCAUUAUAUGCAAUGGAGGAGUAGGCAUAUCUACAGAGACAGAAAGCAGGGGAUGAUGGCAGGGGGAGGAAGACGAAGAAUUACUGCUAAUGGGUAGGGUUUUUUCAAGGAGAGAUGAAAAUGUUCUAACAUUAGAUUGUGGUGUGGUUGCACAACUCUGAAUAUACUAAAACCCACUAAACUGUACACUUUAAAUGGGUAAAUUUUAUGGUAUGUGAAUUACAUCUCAAUAAAGCUGUUAAAAAUAGUCUACACAUACUCAUUAAUCAUUCAUUUGCCAUUUAUUUGCUAUCUACUGUAUGCCAGGAGCUAGGCGCCCCAAGAUGAAUGAAUGAGACAAACUCUCCAGCCACAAUAGGCUUAUGAUCUACUGGGGACAACACACACGCACACAAAUGUGGUAAGUACCAAGAGAGAAGCUUGUCCAGGUGUCCUGGGAGCAUGGAUGGCACUCAAGUCAGUUGGGAAUUUUAGUAAAAGGCAGAGAAAGGACAGACUGACAGAUACUGUAUUCUGAGGAGGAGAGUGCAGGCUGACAUACCCCAUCCUACUCUCCAGGAGAUGAAACGAGUAUAAAAAAAGCUCUACUACAGGGCAGAGUGUGAUAAGUAUCACGAGAAAUUACUAAGUGCUCUGGAAAUUCAGAAGAGGGAGAUAUAAUGACUUGAAUGUUAUUUUUCUGCAUGUUCAGAGAGGAAAUGGGAUAUAAUUUGGUCCUUCCAGACUUAAUUCAUUUUUAGACCCAAAAUUUAGGGUACAUAGUAUAAAAACUGCUGUUCUCAAAAUGGGCCCCUUAUUUUGCAUUAAUAACCUAUCAUAUUUUUAACCAAACUCUGUAACAUGCAGAAUAUUAAAUUCAAUUGUGAAAGAAGUAUCAGCUGAUUUCUGUUGAUGAGAGUAACGUAGUCCGUAGAAUUAAAAAUAAUUGCUUAUAUUUUUAUGAUACUGACACAAUCAGAUUUAACAGCACAAAAAUAAUCCACAAAUCCUGAUAAGGUAACAUUAAGUUUGGAGCAAAAUAGACACCCGAUGUAUGGGUGAGCUAAACCCCUGCCUUAGAACCCCUGUUAUAUGGCCCAAAGUCCCCCAGUCACAAUGUGAGAAGAAGGAAGGGAAGAAUCUGCUGCGAAGUGGCUGGAAGAGGGCUUCUUCAAGGGGAUAGAGAAGAGACAGGAUGUUAACACCCCAGAGCUGCUGGUCAUGGUGCAAGUGAGAAGGUCCCUCUUGUGCCACUGAGUUUCAACCCCUCUCAAUCUACCUCACAGCUAGAAAUUGCACCCCAGGGUUGGCAGGGGCAGGUCCUUAAGCCUGUUAUCUACCCACAGCUUGCAUUUGUUCCCAUUUAAGAAGUGCUUGGUAGAGGGUCAGAGGAAAAGAGGGAGACCCUAAAUGAGAUGGAUUGACACAGUGGCUGCAACAAUGGGCUCAAACAUAGCAAUGAUUGCGAGGAUAGUGCAGGACCAGACAGCAUAGCAUUUUUUUCCGUUAUAUAUAUACAUAAGGUCACUAUGAGUCGGAGUCAGCUAGGCAGCAUCUAACAACCAAGCCCUCUGCAGCCACAGCUUCUGUUUUCUGCUUUCAUUCAUCCUCUUUCCAAGCUCCUCAUGUGAUGGAAGGGGCCUGGACUGGUCAGAGUCAGGCACAAUCAGUGGAGGAAGGAAGGCUCGAUGGAAAUCCUGAGGCCUUGACAAUGGCGCCCUCAGUUGUCCAUUUGCUGGCAGUGAAUCACUUCACACUACAGUUUAGGUGCUACAGGAUGCUAUUGAUGGGACAAGACCUUUCAAUAAUAGAAUCUUGACAGUAUUUUGUGAAUGAAAUGAUAGAGGGUAAGCAUGGUCCUGAACAUCUUUCGUGCUGCUUAGAGGUUUUUGGAUUGCUCGUGGCAACGUGCUUUAAAGAAAUGUUGAACUUAAAGAUGAGUUAUACACUUUUUUUAGCAAAAAAAAUGAGUUGUUCUAAAUUUCCUGAUCUUUCCUGUAAUAAGUGGUUCAUAGUAUGCUGCUAACAAGUAUUUAUGAAAUCAGUACCUUCAAGGGAUGGGUGAUGCUUUUGUAACAAUGGUGAGAAAACAGCAGCUUUACAGCGGCUGUAACUGCUGCUAUAAGAGAACAUUUCAAACAUGUCUGGAAAUGUUGCAUCACACAUGAUUGUGGCCAAAAAUGAUAUAAGUGUCAUCUGUAAAAACUUGUGAAUCUGUGCACUUGGAAAAAGAGAAAACUUUAAAGUCUUAUAAUUUAAGGGUUCAUUUGUUAAACACACACACAAAAUAAAAUACCUUUUGGUGCCAUGAAUAUGGGGGAAAAAAAAAACUUUGUCUAAGUGGUGGAUGGAAUUGAAAAACCAGUAUCAUGAAUUAGUAAGUACAGCCAUUAGUGCAAUUUUCACAGUUUGGAUCCACAUAUUAGUAUCUUGUUCUGUGAUGACAGCCAUUAAAACCAAGUAUGGAAAUAAAUUAAACUUAAAAUCAGGACUUGGAAUCACAAAGUGUUAAACUAAGAUUUUUUUUUCCCUAGGAGAAUAAAGCAUUUCCAAUCACAUUCUUCCUUAGAGCAAAAAGCUUUUUGAACCCUGUUGACAAAUACAGUGAUAUAAAAAAUUUCGCUAUAUAUAAUUUUACUUUUAUUCCAUCCUUUUAAAUAUACUUUAUGUAUUAUAAUAGACAUAUAUAUUAUUAAAGUAAUACGGAUCUGUAAUUUACAUAUAAACAUGCAUCAUGUUUAAUGAUAGGAGUGUAUGAUGGAAAACAUUUAGAACACCUGAGUGGCACAAGUGGUUUGUGAUUGGCUGCUAACCUAAAGGUUGGCAGUUCAAACUCACUGAGCGGCUCCACAGAAGAAAGGCCUGGGGAUCUGUUUCCAUUAAGAUGGGGUUGCCAUGAGUCAGAAUCAACUCAAUGGGAGCAGGUUUAUUUCUUUAAUUUUAGUGUGGUACGUUCUUAUUUGUUCCAUCCCCAGCAUCUGUUCCUCUUCUCUAUCAAAAUUCAGGGUCCAGUUUUCUUUGAAGAAGGUCCCCACCCCACUUUGUGGCAGCCAUAUAUGAUGUGGGAGACUGGUCCCACUUCAGCUUCAGGAGUGACCCCUGUUGGCUUAAGCCAAUCAGAAGAUCUUAUCCCUGCAAGGAAGAAUGAAGAAAUCUAAAGAUACAAGGGAAAGAUUAGUCCAAAGGACUAAUGGACCACAUCUACCACAGCCUCCAUCAGACUGAGUCCAGAACAACUAGAUGGUACCCGGCUACCACCACUGAGAGCUUUGACAGGGAUCACAAUAGAGGGUUCCAGACAGAGCCAGAGAAAAAUGUAGAACAAAAUUCUAACUCAAAAAGGAAGACCAGGCUUGCUGGCCUGACAGAGACUGGAGAAACCCUGAGAGUAUGGCCACCAGACACCCUAUCAGCUCAGUAAUGAAAUCUCUCCUGAGGUUCACCCUUCAGCCAAAGAUUGGACA